AGGAAAGGAGGAGGAGGGGAAGGAAGGCAGGCAAGAAGGAGGAGAGAGAAGGAAAAAAAAAAACAAAACAAAAAACGAGUGAGGCAGACGCGCCGGCAGCACGGAGAGGGUCGCCGCGGGCAGCUCCCGCACCCAUGUAAACAGCGGCGGGAAGAGGCGGCGGUGACAGCGGCCCCGGCGCGGAGCGCAGCCGGAUCAAGACUCCAUGUGUGCGUGCGUGUGGAUUAAAACCUUUGAGAAGAAGGAGGGAAAAAAAAAAACAACAAAAAAAACACAAAAGCAAACCAGACCUCAAACCCCGCAUCAGGACGACCUGGGCUUUAAAAAGGGAUACAACACUCUGGAUGCGCUUGUUCUUCUCUUUUGUGACAGAUGCUUAAACCGAUUCCGACGUCCAAAUCUUAGGCGGGCAGAGGCGCGAGCCGGCACAGCCCCCCGCGGGAGGCGGCGGGACCCGCGGCCCCCUAGCGCGGAGACUGGCGCAUGCUACAGCCUGCCUCGGCCUCGCCGCCGCCUUUUCCCCGCCGCCCGCCGCCUGCUGCUGCCCGCCGCCGCCUCGUCUCAGCUCCCGGCCCCUUCAUGCGCGGCGGACGACAUGCCCGUUUUGUAGCCGGGUGCCCCUCCUCUCGUCCCGCAUGUUCAGGACCAAACGCUCGGUGCUCGUUCGGCGGCUUUGGAGGAACCGUGCGCCCGGCGGCGAGGAGGAGGAGGAGGCGGCGGCGGGGGAACCCGGCGGCGGGGCGGCGGCGGCCGAGGCCCAGGCUCAUGUUUGCGGCGGGGGGCGCGGGUGUUGCCCGGGCAAAGCGAACCGCGGUAGCCGGGCGUCCGCGGGCGCGGAGGCGGAACUGAAGGCACUGAUCCACGCCGUGUUGAAGCGGUUGAAGGAGCGGCAGCUGGAAGGCUUGUUACACGCCGUGGAGUCCCGCGGUGGGGCGCGGACCCCCUGCCUGCUGCUGCCCGCCAAGGCCGACUCCCGCUUGGGCCAACACUGGUACCCGCUGCCGAUGCUGCUCUGCAAGGUGUUCCGCUGGCCUGACCUCCGCCACUGCUCCGAAGUGAAGCGCUUACGUUGCUGUGAAUCCUACGGCAAGGCUCACCCCGAGCUCGUCUGCUGCAACCCGCACCACCUCAGUCGGCUCUGUGAGCUAGAGUCUCCCCCUCCACCCUACUCCAGAUAUCCAAUGGAUUUUCUCAAACCAACUGCAGAUUGUCCAGACUCUGUGCCUUCCUCCACUGAAACAGGGGGAACUAAUUGUCUAGCCCCUGGGGGGCUUUCAGGCCCCUUUUUAGCGCUGAAAGGCCACACAGGAGAACAGCAAUGGGAACACAUUCCCAAGUUCUUCAGGAGCCAGGGGAUCAGUCACAAUGGUGCGUGGUGGCAUACUGGGAAGAGAAGACGCGCGUGGGUCGGCUGUACUCUGUCCAAGAGCCCUCCCUGGAUAUCUUCUAUGAUCUACCUCAGGGGAAUGGUUUCUGCCUCGGACAGCUCAACUCGGACAACAAAAGCCAACUGGUGCAGAAAGUCCGUAGCAAGAUUGGCUAUGGCAUCCAGCUCACCAAGGAAGUGGAUGGCGUGUGGGUGUACAACCGCAGCAGUUACCCCAUCUUUAUCAAGUCGGCCACACUGGACAACCCCGAUUCUAGGACGUUGCUGGUUCACAAAGUGUUCCCAGGUUUUUCCAUCAAGGCUUUUGACUAUGAGAAGGCAUACAGCUUGCAGAGACCCAACGACCAUGAGUUCAUGCAGCAACCAUGGACUGGAUUUACUGUUCAGAUCAGCUUUGUGAAAGGCUGGGGCCAGUGCUAUACGAGACAGUUUAUCAGCAGUUGCCCAUGCUGGUUGGAGGUUAUUUUUAAUAAUCGAUGACUCGAGACAGAGUGGACUCAUGACAUUUAUACUACUUUGCUGCUGCUAUUUCCUUCUGAGUGCUUGCUUUUCAUGCAAACUUUUUUGUUUGUUUGCUUUUUCCCCCUCUCUGUUUUGAGAAAUAGCUUAUGGAAAUAAUUUUUUUUUUUUUUUUGCCUUGGGUAUUUGGAUAAAUACCUCUAUUUUUUCAGAAGUGUGAAUGACCAAUAACUCAGAAGGGUGAGAGAAGGGAGCGGGGGGGAUGGAUUGCAAGUGAAUUAUUUUGCGCCUCUGAAAGGUUUAUUCUAUGCAAUCGGUGGAUUCGGAAGCCACUCGCUGUAUGUUACAGCUCCUUCUUUUGGAUAGAACAACAAGAUACCUGUAUUUUUUAUGCACCGCUGUCCUCUUGCCACCAGCUGUCCCUGGUGACAGUGACAGCGAGACCCUUUCCUCAGCGGUGCCAUCCCCACAUUGCUGCUGAAGGAUGGUGCAAAACAUUCCCAAUCAGGUCUUUAGCCCCCCUUUUAAUUUUUUUUUUUUUCUUGUUGCUGGGUUCACGUCUUGUCUCUGUGUUCAUCCUUCCACUGCUUUUUUUUUUUUUUUUUAAUGGUCAUGGAUUGAUGCAAGGGGAGAAAACAACGGUGGAGAAACCUCGCACACGGCCCAUGCUUUAUAAUUUGAGCUGAGAUGCAAAGCGACAGAAGCUUAAGCCUUAAAAAAACAAAACAAAGCAAAACAAAUGGGAAAACAAAAGAAAAAAAUUGUUCAUGAUAGUUGGUCUGUUGUAAUCUGCUUAGUUCAGGUUAUCCCGGUACCAUCCUAUCUGGAAAUGCUGUUGUGCUUUCAUUUCUUCUUGAAUUCAUACACAAGUAUGAUACUUUUACACUGUUCUUAGCUCAAUGAGCAUGUUUAGACCUUAACAUAAGCUAUUUUUCUAAAUAUAAAGGUUUAUGAACAAGAGAGCAUUCUCAUUGGAACUUUAGCAUUGUAGUGCUUUGGAAAUACACACACAAAAAAGGACUCCUUAAAAAAAACCCUGAGAUUUAUUAAAGAAAAAAUGUAUUUUAUGUUAUAUAUAAAUAUAUUAUUACUUGUAAAUAUAAAGAUGUUUUAUAAGCAUCAUUAUUUAUGUAUUGUGCAAUGUGUAUAAAUGAGAAAAAAAAUAAGAUGCACUUUGCUUUAAUAUAAAUGCAAAUAACAAAUGCCAAAAUAAAAAAAAAAGAACACGAGAUUGGUGGGUUUUUCUAUGGGUGUUAUCAUCCAGAUGAAUGUUUUUUCUAAAAGAGUUUAUGUUCCAUUCAAAAACUAAAAAUGUACACUUGAUCCCAGGCUG